CGAUCCGCUCUCGCAAGUGAAAUUCUAUAAGCUUAUUCGCAAAUAAGUUCCGGUCAAUUCUCGAUAAUAAUAUGUCACGUGAGGUUCGAAAUUUCAGGACCGUUAUAUAUCAAAAGUGAUUUUACUUUUAUAAAAGAAAUCGAGCAUUGGUUGCACAAUUUUUCGAAAAAGAUACCUUUUUGUUAUCGCCUGCUAUACACAAAAGAAGAUUAAAAAUUGAUACAAAUGGAUACUAACCGAGUUCCAAUUCCUUUAAUUUUAUUCUCACGUGAGAAAAAAUAAAAAUCGAGAAUAAAAAUAUCAGAAGCCAAAAAAAAAAUUCUUAUCUGAGAUUGGUGGCACCUUACAAAAGAUAUUCAUAAACUCUCGAGAAUCCAAAGCGUUUUAAUUAGAAACUCUUGGAAGAUCGUUCCAAACACUCAACAAUUUGUUAUUUUGGAUUAGUGAUAAUUCAAGUACUUUUAAAAAGUUUUCUCUACAAUAUUUAUUUUCAAUUUGUUUUUUCUUUUUGUUUGGAGGGAAAAAGUGUGUGGAUUGAAGUUCUUAAUAGAAAUAAAUUGUCUUAACCUUAGUAGUAAAGAAAAUUGUGUUGACUUUAAGAAAAGGAAAAUAUAGUGCUGCCCGGAAAAGUCUUCCAGUAUAUAAUGGCUGAAGAAAAUCUUAGAAGGAAAACUCGGUCAGCUUCAAUCUGCGCCCCAGGAUUUUCAAGUAUGGAAAAAAUGAUAGAUUCUAUACCACCUUCCGGUUUAAAGGAAAGGGAAAGAGAAAACGGAAGUGGAACACCGGAAGGCAGCACACCAAUUCGAAAACGCCGACCCGCCACGAGGUCUCAAAGUGCUAGAGUCACCACCGGAGGCAAAAGUAUUCGACGAAGAGCUGCAGCCCAAGCAGCAGCUCAACAUCAUCAUCAUGAACCAACGAUGAAAUCUACUCAUUGCAGCAGUGAACCCAGGCUGAAUGAAAAUGACGUCAGUCCCGGAUUUAGGAGAAGAGGAAGUAGAAGAGGUCAAAGUAUGCAUCACACUCAUCAUAGGAAGAGUAAUGCAUUUCUCGAUGUUCCCGACGGUUCUGUCCAAAUGCCUCAGAGAGAAGAAGGCGAAGAUGAGGACAGUUAUAGACUUAGAAGUUUCAGUCUCACCAGCAAAGGUGUAAUAAACAGAGGGGACUCUUUUAGGAGAAGAAGGUCGAGGUCGAAUUCCCUGGCACCAGCCGAUCAAGAAAUGGUACCAAAACCAGUUUCACCUCCCAAGGAAGUUAUUUCCUACACGGUAGUCAUAUUAGGAGCAAGGGGGGUUGGAAAAACAGCCCUUAUCAGCCAAUUUAUGACGAGCGAGUGUAUUAAUGCCUACGAUCGUCAAAGAGAUUUACCUAGCGAGCAGUCCGUAUUUGUAAUGCUGAACGGCGAGGAAAGCGAACUCAAAUUCUACAAUAUUACUAAUCCAAAGAGUGAACUGGAAAAAGUACCGAAGCCAGAUGCCUUCAUCCUUAUGUAUUCUGUGAUAGACAAGUCAUCGUUUCAAAGAGCUCAAGAACACUUAGCUCGCCUUCACGACCAAGACCUCUUGCGAGGAAGACCAGCCAUCUUAGUGGGAAACAAAGUUGAUUUAGUUCGGUCUAAAGUGGUUUCACCCGAAGAUGGAAAAUGUGUGGCGUGCACUUACCGCAUAAAAUUUAUUGAGAUUUCUGUGGGAAUUAAUCACAACGUUGACGAUCUCUUGGUUGGAACCCUGAGCCAAAUUCGAUUGAAUGUCGUUCAAGGACAUUUGGACAACAGAACCGGAAAUGGGGAAAGCAGUGGACGCUGGUACAAAUCCAGAGGCGUAGUUCGAGCCAGCAUGAAAGCAAGACAAAUGCUCACAUGGCUCUUCGGCAAAGAAGACAGUAAAUUUAAAAAUUGCGAAAACCUCCAUGUCCUUUAAAAUUGAUAAAUGUCAAGAAAAUUCUUUUAUCAAUACACUCCCGUCGAAAAUAAUCGAGACAGUUUGCGCAAACGGUACCAAAAAUUACUGAAGUCUUUGACACACGAUAAGUCGGUCCGUAAAAAGCUAGAAGUUUUUUAUUUAAUUUUUAGAAAAGUCUUUAAAUUCCAGGCCAAAUGACCACUCAAAAAGAAAUUUCUGACUCUUUACAGAGGAUAAAUCGGGUGAGAAAAUGUUGUUUAAUAAUUCAAUAAUUUCUGAAAUUUUGUACCUCUAAUUCAACUGGAGCUGCAUCCUGGAAAAGUUAAGAAAAAAAUAUGAAAUUUACAAAACUUAAUGUUUGAAAUUCUGCUUCUAAUUUAAGCCGGAAAAAAUAAAAAAAUCUUAAAAGGUUCCCGAGUUAUGCCUUAAAAUGUCCAAGCAUAUCUGCGCCGAGUUUCAGUCGGCAAUCGCAACCUUCUCCGAGACUUUCUUGAAAUCUGUACCUCAACUUAAACUUAUAAAAGUUUCGAAAAAAAACCUAAAUUUUCUAGGGCUUCGCAUCUAAAAUCUUGGCUUGAAUUUAGGAUAAGAAAACUUAAGAAAAUUAAAUGAAUUACUGAGUUAUCACUGAUAAUGUCCAGGCGUUUUCAGUCCGAGUUUCAGUCGGUAAUCAUCACUUUGACUUUCGGAAGUUUCGGGAAAAAACUAAAAUUCACUAACAAUUCAGUAAAAAAAUUAUUGUACCAACGAUAACAUUUCAUGAAAAAUCAAAAAUUACUUUAGUUUUUUUUCAAAAAAAUUAAUUUGCAGUUUCGAAGAUUUCAAAAUAUAUUUACAGGUUUGCAGAAGGUAGAAACGCAAUUUAAAUCAUGAGAAUAUUUGAAAAAUUUUUAACAGAAUGUUCAAGAUAUAUUGAAAGAAGCAAAAAAAAAUAACAAAUAAUUUGAAAGUUAC